AUGAUUGUGCCCGAGAACCGUGCAGUAGCGCCCGUCUGGUCGGGCCCGGCAAACACUGUGCUCCCCCAUACUGGCGCAACGCCUCCGGGACCGACCCCGACCCCGAUUCCAGUUUCGACGCCAAAUGCUCAAGCCACCAUGCCGGACAGCACGGGCCUGGAGGGGAAAUCCCGCACGCUACAGGGCCCGUCAGCGGCUGAUUGGGCAAGGCACCGCGAGACCAUCGUCGGCCUCUACAGACAGUACCCGUUGAAGCGGUCAACCGAGGGUCCUAGUGGGCUCGUGUCGGUCGCCAAUGGACGUCUUAUCCUCCUCGUUGCCGUGGCCGGCCAAGGUGGCCGCAAGCGCAUGUAUGACAAGCGGUUCCGGGAAUGGCAUGUCUUCAAGAACGUGAACAGCGACGAGAGGGCGAGGGCUGCGCGCCGGGCUCCGGGCUCUGCGCCGUUGUCACCCCCGAGGCAGGAAGACACCGACAACAGCUUUAGCCAGGAAGACUUGCGCAGAACCCUACGAUGCGCCAGGACGAUCCAGCAGGGUGGAAGGCGUACGGCAUCAACAAGCACUCACCCCACCCCUGUCGACGCCCGGGCCGCAACUCCACCACCACUGUACAGGCCGGCCCGACGGAGUAUCAGCAUCUCGGACUUGAUCAAGCCUGAAGACGACCCACCAGGGGUCCCCGCCCCUGGCUUGCGUCGUCAGGCCGAAUCCCCCCCCACGCCGUUCUCACCACCCAGUACCCCGAGUAUCACCACUGGCUCAAGUCCCGCAUCUCCAGCCGAGAGCUACCAGGAGCAGGAUGACCGUACCGCCCUCGUCGUAUCUGGCUCCCCAGGCCCCGGCAUGGCCGCCUACAGAGAGCAGCUCCAGCAUUUGUUCAACAGCCCUCCCCAGGCCCUUUCCCUGGACUCGCAAACGCGAACUAUGAGUAUCAUUACAUUGAAACUCCGGGAAUACUACGACUGGCAGCUCAACAACAUCCCAGAGGGUGCCCUCCCUGAUGAUUAUCUGGGCCAGAGAUCCCCCGACGAGUCCACUCGCUACUGGAAUACUAUCAAGGACGCCAUCUAUCUCGUCAAAAUCUCUGCCGGUUUCAGUCCCAGUUCCGGUUCUAUCGAAGACAUGGACGAUCGUCCCGACCGGCGAGCGUGGUCUGCCUUUGCCGAAGCGGGCUCUCUUGCGGCGGGGGCCAUGACCACCCAACCGUUCGACUUUCUACGAAACCUUUUCGCUACGCUCUCCCCAGUCAAUACUAGUGCCCGUCCAGAACUCCGAGGUAUUUUGCUCCAGUUCCUCAGCAGCGAAGCCCAGACCAGCCUCUCCUCCAGCCACCCGAUUACCCAAAUUUGCAAGGAGCUACAGCAGGAUGAAGGCUGCCAGGAAAUUUCACAGCGCAGCCUGCAGUGCAUGCUGGAUAUUUUCAACACCCGGCUUGGACGGUCGAGGGCAAUCACCUUCAAACUCCUCGACUCACUCGCUACCCUUCUUCGCCGAAGUGGUGAAUACCACGCGGGCCUAGAGAUCAUCACAGAGCUGCUCAAGUCAUCCCGCCCGGUGUUCGGGCCAAAUUCAGACCAAGUGCGCUCGGUCGAGAACGAACUCGCUCACUUUUAUAUGCUAAGCGGCCAACCCGAUUUGGCGCUUGGUCAUUGUAUGUCCGUGAUUACGAGACCACCAACCUCAGGUACAGCGGCACGGGAAGAGCCCACAUUUUAUCAAGACGGCAUUGCUGCGCACACCAUGGAAGACAUUGCCGAAAUACACCAGCGGCGCGGGGACCUAGAGCAAUGCAUCACCUGGUUGGAGCGCGCGGCAUCGAUAGCUCUGGUUGUUUGGGGGCCAAAAGCCAUUGCUACCAGUCAUCUGAUUGACAAGAUGACAAGCCUGCAGCGGCAGUUCGGCAAGGACCUCCUGAAGAGCGCGACGCUAUGGGAAGCCGCAAUUGUCGAAAAGACGGUUUGA